UUGUGUGACAGAUAAACAUUAAACAAGCCAUGCAGUGUCAUAAUUAUCACCAAUUGUGUUUGUUUUUUAAUUAACAAAAUGAAAUGAGCUUUUAUUUGCUCAAGUAAGGAUUAAGGAAACGAGCCACGGAAAUGUUCCGAACGAACGAGCAGCGAAAUCAUCCAAAAUGAAGCAUCGAAUCCUCAUGGCCUCUGAUUUUUUCUAUCCAAACGUCGGAGGAGUUGAGGAGCACAUCUACAGCUUGUCACAAUGCCUCAUCGCCAGAGGCCACAAGGUCGUCGUGGUCACUCACUCGUAUGGAAAAAUAGUCGGCGUUCGAUGGCUACCAAAUGGUCUCAAGGUGUUCUAUCUUCCUCUGAGGACUUUUUACAACGGCUGCAUUCUGCCCACAAUGAUCGCCACCAUACCCUAUAUCAGACACAUUCUAGUCCAAGAACGGAUCACUUUAGUCCACGGUCAUGCAGCCUUCUCAACCAUAGCCCACGAGGCUAUGAACACUGGACGACUAAUGGGACUCCAUACCGUAUUCACAGACCACUCUUUAUUUGGCUUUGCGGACUCGUCAGCCAUAAUCACAAAUAUGUUCCUGCGACUGAGCCUCGUCAAUUGCACCCACUGUAUUUGUGUCUCUCACAUAGGGAAAGAAAACACAGUUUUGAGAGCAAAAAUAAAACAGGACGUAGUGUCUGUUAUUCCAAACGCAGUCGACACAAAGCUUUUCACGCCCCAGCCUGAGCGCCGAUCAAAAAACAGAAUUACCAUUGUGAUUGUGUGCCGCUUGGUGUACAGAAAAGGUGUUGAUUUUAUGAUUAAUAUCAUCCCAUUUAUUUGUAACAACUUUCCUGACGUUCAAUUUUACAUUGUGGGUGAUGGCCCAAAGAGAGAAGCGCUCGAGGAAAUGUGGCAGAAGGAGCAGCUUGGCGACAGGAUGCAAAUGUUUGGUGCCUUAGAUUUAAAAGGAGUCCGAGAUGUGCUUGUGCAAGGCCACAUUUUCCUCAAUACUUCACUCACAGAGGCAUUUUGCAUGGCAAUCGUAGAAGCGUCCUGCUGCGGGCUUCAUGUUGUGAGCACCAAUGUUGGUGGGAUCCCCGAAGUCUUACCGGCAGAUCUCAUGUAUUUGGCUGAGCCAGAUGUGAAUUCAUUAAUAUUGGCCCUCGAGAAAGCUAUUUUAGACACUAGGGAUAGUGUUGGCCCCAGUCCGUUUGAGCGUCACAAGAAAAUCUGCUCUUUUUACAACUGGUACGAUGUGUCUGAAAGAACCGAAAAUAUUUACAACACGGUGGUGAAGUUGAAACCAAAACCAUUUGGGCAACAGUUAAGCAAUUGUUUGCACCAAACCAAAGUCUACCCAUUCCUGUUGGUCUUGUCGUUGUGCUAUUUGAUAAUCAAGUUAUUUGACUGGUAUCGACCUCGUUAUCUGAUUGAUAUUGCGCCCGACUAUCCAUCUAAGAAAAGAACGUCUUUCAAGCUAAACGGCAGAUGAUUUUUAAAAAUUAAAAUCAGAAUUUUAUUGAAAUUUAAUUAUUUUACAAAAAGCAUAUCUGUUACCUCAUUUGUUAUACAAUUUUAAAUAAAUGCGUAAUUUUUUCAAGUCAAUAGAAUUUAAAACUGCAGUUUGGGGUAAGCUUUCUUGAUCUGCACAUCGUCAACGGGCCGGUCCGAGUUGUCUGUUUCAACCAAGCCGAUCCUCUUGAUCACAUUCAUGCCAUUGUAGAUGCGACC